AUGGCCGAAGCUCUUCUCUCAGCUGUCUUCAAUGUGCUUUUGGAGAGAUUAACGCCUGAGCUCGCAGAUUUGAUCAACAAAAUCGCAGGAAAGAAGCUGGACGACAAGUUACUUAAUCAUUUGAGGCCAUCCUUGAUUGCUGCAAGAGCUGUGCUCAAUAACGCUGAACUCAGACAAUUCAAUAAGGAUCAAGCUGUGAAAGAUUGGCUGAAUUUACUCAAAGAUGCUGUCUAUGACCUGGAAGACUUGAUGGAUGAAAUUUCCACCCGAGCUGCCACUCAGAAAAAGGUGAGCUAUUUCUCCCUUGCUUCUCUUACUUUGCGUGAUACAAGGAUGGCAAGGGAGUUAGAAGCCAUAAGUGAUAAAAUUGAACGUAUUGUGGGAAACAAAGAUGUCCUUGACCUGAAGCAGAGCACUGAAACGUAUCCGGAAACUUUGUCCUGGAGGCCUCCAGUUACAUCUCAUGUGGAAGUCUCUCAAGUGUAUGGAAGGAAUAAAGCAAAAGAAGAUAUAAUUAAGCUUAUGUUUGAUGGUGAGGGUGGUCCGUUGUCCGUAAUCCCCAUCGUGGGCAUGGGCGGGGUGGGCAAAACCACCUUAGUUAAUUUAGUUUAUAAAGACGUGAAACAAAAAUUUGAUCUCACUGCAUGGGUUUGUGUUUCUGAAACGUUUGAUCUUUUGAAAAUAGUACAGACUAUAAUAAAAUCUAUUGAUAAAGAUUUUGUCUGUGAUAACAUGGAUUUGAAUCUUCUUGGCGAUCAUCUAGCGAAGAAGAUAGAAGGGAAAAAGUUUUUAAUUGUUCUAGAUGAUUACUGGAAUGAAAAAUUCACUGAUUGGGAUGCUUUGAAAAAGUUGCUUCAUAACGGAGUGGAGGGAUGUAAAAUUCUUGUCACAACUCGCAUAGAGCAUGUUGCUUCGAUGGUUAAAACAAUCUCAUCAUCUUAUCCCCUAGAAGGCUUGUCUGAAAAAGAUUGUUUGUCAAUUUUUGCUGCACAUGCUUUCCAUUCUAGAGAUUCAACCGCGAAUUCAUGUUUAGAAAAAAUUGGAAGAGAUGUUGUUAGCAAGUGCAAAGGAUUACCUUUAGCUGCAAAAGUAAUUGGGGGACUUUUUCGAUCAAAGCCUAGAUUUGAAGAUUGGAAUGAUAUAUUAAAAGACACCUUGUGGGAUUCAUCAGACAAUGAGAUCAUCCCCCCUUUAAGAGUCAGUUAUUAUUAUCUCCCUCCCUAUUUAAAACAAUGCUUUGCUUACUGUUCUUUAUUUCCCGAGGAUUAUAUAUUUGAUAGGGAUGAAUUAAUCAUGAUGUGGAUGGCAGAAGGUUUUUUGGGGCGGUCAAAAGGGAACAUGACUUUAGAAGAAGUUGGUUAUGGGUAUAUUGAUGAUUUAACUUCAAGAUCAUUCUUUCAACCUUUACCUCCUGUAAAACAUCCAUACAAUGAAGGGUAUGAUAUAAGUGAUAGGCGUUUUGUCAUGCAUGAUCUCAUUCAUGAGUUAGCAACUCAUGUUGCCGAAGACUUCUACUUUAGAUUAAGGGAGAAUAGAAACGAAAUUGGCACCAUGACUCGCCAUUUGUCAUGCAACUUUCAAAAUCGUCCAAGCUUAGAUCAUGAGGUUUUCCAAAAAUUAAAAGGCUUACGAACAUUUAUAGGAUUGAAUUUUUCCUAUAUUCCUGGGCCUUCUGAAAAUGCUUCUCAUAUUUUAUCAUCAGACCUGAAGUACAUGCGGACGCUGUCACUUAGCCAACUACGUACUUUAAAGAUAGUUCCUGAGUCAAUUGGAGAAUUUGUCCAUUUGCGCUAUUUGGAUCUAUCUGGCACAGGCAUUGCAAGUUUGCCUGAUUCAAUCUGUAAAUUGUAUAAUUUACAGACAUUGAAGCUGCGUGAAUGUAAUUCUCUCCUAAUUCUACCAGGUGAUAUGCAAGAACUUAAAAAUUUACGACAUCUCGACGUUAGAGGCACUAAUUUGAAAGAAAUACCAAGGGGGCUGGGUAAAUUAAAAGAUUUGCAAUUUUUAAGUGGCUUCAUUGUUGGCAAAGAGCAGGAGACUGGGAUUACGGAGUUGGGAGGAAUUUCAAAUUUGAAGGGUGAGAUUGUAGUUAGUAAGUUAGAGAAUGUCAAGAAUGAAGAUGAAGCAGAUGGUGCGAGAAUGAUGGAGAAGAAGCGAAUUGAAACUUUAACAUUAUCAUGGUCAGAUUUUGGUGAUGCAGAAGAUUCAAGCAGUGAGAGAAAUAUUUUGGCUAAACUUCAACCUCAUUGGGAUUUAAAACAAUUGACAGUUAAACGUUAUAGGGGCACAAUAUUUCCAGAUUGGUUGGGAAAUCCUUCCUACCAUAACAUGACCUUCUUGCGACUGGAGGGUUGUGAAAAUUGUUGCAUGCUUCCCCCUUUGGGACAGCUCCCCGCUCUGAAGACAUUACAUAUUUAUGGAUUAAAGCGUGUAAAAAGCAUUGGUGAUGAGUUUUUGAAGGCUGAUGAUUGUUCUUCCAUGAAACCAUUUCCAUCCCUUGAAUAUCUUUACUUCCAUAGCAUGGCAUCCUGGGAACAAUGGCUUUCCACUGACAUGGAAGCUUUCCCUAAGCUUCAACGUCUCACAAUAAGUUCCUGCAACAAGUUAGUUGGAAGUCUACCUUCCGAGUUGCUUUCUUUAGAAACUUUGGUUAUUUCUUAUUGUUCAUUGCUUUCUUCUCAUAUUCUAAGGUGUCCCAAACUUCGGUAUUUGCACAUAUAUAAAAGUGAAAAUGUGGCAUGGCAAGAGCCAGAGUUACCACAGGCCCUUCGCGCUUUAGAAAUUUCAGGAUGCCGGGUGUUGGAAUCAGUGUUGGAGGCACUCGCUAAACAUUCCCAUCUGCAAGAAUUAACUAUCCGUGAUUGUUCCAAUAUAUCAACUUUAAUGAUUCAUUUGCCCCAAUCAUUACAAGAAUUAAGUGUAUACAGCUGCAAAAAUGUUGAUUUUGUGAUGAGUUCAACCGCUCCUCUUCAAAGUCUCCGGUCUAUUAAAAUUCACAGUUGUAGUUUUGUGAAGUUUAUGUCAGAUGAAAUGGAAGGUGUCCUCCCAAAUUUAAGAAGGCUAUGGAUAUUUGAUGUUAAAGGGAUGGAAGGAUUUCCAGAAGGGGCUUUUGUGCCGAGUUUGAGAGAAAUUUAUAUUCAUUCGUGUAACAUGGAGCUCAUAAUGUCCGAUCAAGCAGUGCGGCACCUCCUAAGAAAUAUCGCUGACCUUCGUAUUGCGAGUCCACGUGAUGAAAGUUAUGUCGUCAAGUGUUUUCCAGAGGUGUGUUUUCUUCCUACCACUCUCACCACUUUGGGAUUCUUUGCCUUUAGGAACUUGGAGACAUUGAAUUGCUCGGGACUUCAGCACCUAACCUCUCUCCAAAAACUAAACAUCCAAUCUUGUCCAAAGCUGGAGAAAAUGUCAGGGGAAAAGCUGCCUGCUUCUUUAACAGAGCUUCGCAUUUGGGAUUGUCCAUUGCUUAAAGAAAAAUACCACAAUAAGGAUGAACAAUUUUUGCGCCAGAUAUCCCACAUCCCACUCAUCCACAUAGAUUGGGAUAAAAUCAUCCACAAGGCUAAUCUGACUUCUGAGGCGCAGAUGGACUUCUGGGAGAAGCUGAUUUCGGGUGCUUUUUUUUGGAUGCUGCCAGCGUCGCCGUCCAUUGUCGCCGCCGUCUCCUACCGUGUCUCCACCGUGUUCCAUCGUCUCAUCAGUUCUGGGUCGCCGUCCGUUGUCGCUGUCAUCUCCUGCCGUGUCUCCGCCGUGUUCCACCGUCUCAUUAGUUCUGGUUCUUUUGUGGGAGUGGGUGGACUGUGGCUGUUCGUUCAGAUCCUCCAAAUACCACUGGGUUGUUUGUCUUCUUCCUCUGUUUUGUUGCAAGCCGAGAAUCCCCAGUAUGAAAAGUUUAGAUAUCAGGGGUUAAAGUUUGCUCAUGAAUUAAACACGAUAUUCAAGGGUGUGAUAGCAUCUGGAGAGGAUAUGUUGGCACCAUCUUUAACCCAACCUCAGACACAAGAGGAUGACAAAGAGAACGUGUAUAGAGUUGAUACAGAUCUACUUGAAGGAUCGGGGGAUAGCGAAGAAGAUCUUGGAGGUGGUAGUUUAGGAGUUACAGAUGAGAUGGCAGGCGUAAACCUAACAGCAAAUACUGCACCUAGUGGUUCAGGAAGCCAUGGGAAGAGGAAGAGAGGUGAAGUGUCUAGUAGGCAGAAAAAGCAAAAAAUUCCAGUCUCAAGACAAAUCACAGAUUCAGUUAGUGAAAUAGCUACCGCAUCUAAGGAUAGAACGGUAGUUCUAAACAAAAUAAAGGAGGUAUCAAUUUCUGAGGUUACAGCUGAAGUGCUCUGCCUUGAAGAAAUUACAAGUAACUUUGAUUUUUGA